AUGGUUUCUGACGCUAGCAAGAAGAAAGCCGCACAGAAGAAAGCCGCCGCCGCAGCUAAGCGAGGUGGUAAGGCUGCUGUCGCCGCAGCUUCGUCUAAAGCCGCUGAUAAGGUUGCUGACAAAAUUGCCGAUAUCCGGAUAUCGGAUCGGACGUGUACGGGUGUUCUUUGCUCUCAUCCUCUUUCCAGAGAUAUUCGGAUAGAGUCUCUGUCUGUUACUUUCCACGGGCAUGAUCUCAUAGUUGAUUCUGAGUUGGAGCUGAAUUAUGGAAGACGUUAUGGUUUACUUGGAUUAAAUGGAUGUGGAAAGUCUACUCUUCUUACUGCAAUAGGUUGCCGGGAACUUCCAAUUCCUGAGCACAUGGAUAUUCAUCAUCUUAGCAGGGAAAUUGAGGCCUCUGACAUGUCUGCUUUGGAAGCGGUCAUAGCCUGUGAUGAAGAAAGGUUGAAAUUGGAAAGAGAGGCUGAAACUCUGGCAGCUCAGGAUGAUGGUGGUGGUGAAGCCCUUGAACGAGUUUAUGAGCGAUUGGAUGCCCUAGAUGCAGCAACUGCAGAAAAGCGUGCUGCUGAAAUCUUGCAUGGUCUUGGUUUUGACAAGCAGAUGCAAGCAAAGAAGACUCGGGAUUUUUCUGGGGGCUGGAGAAUGAGAAUUGCCUUAGCACGAGCUUUAUUUAUGAAUCCUACUGUUCUUCUACUCGAUGAACCUACUAAUCAUCUUGAUUUGGAAGCUUGUGUGUGGCUGGAGGAAAGUUUGAAGAAGUUUGAACGUAUUUUGGUUGUGAUAUCACAUUCCCAGGAUUUCCUUAAUGGUGUCUGCACAAAUAUUAUCCACAUGCAAAGUAAGAAACUGAAGAUGUACACUGGUAAUUAUGAUCAAUAUGUUCAGACACGAGGUGAUUUGGAAGAGAACCAGAUGAAGCAGUACAAGUGGGAACAAGAGCAGAUUGCUAACAUGAAGGAAUAUAUUGCCCGGUUUGGUCAUGGUUCAGCUAAACUAGCUCGCCAGGCUCAGAGUAAGGAAAAAACACUGGCAAAAAUGGAACGAGGUGGACUUACAGAGAAGGUAGUUAGAGACCAAGUGUUAGUAUUUCGCUUUACUGAUGUGGGAAAACUUCCCCCUCCUGUUCUCCAGUUUUCUGAAGUUAGUUUUGGAUACACUGAAGAUAAUCUCAUCUACAAAAACAUUGACUUUGGGGUUGACUUAGACUCUAGGGUUGCUCUGGUUGGACCAAAUGGUGCCGGGAAGAGUACACUACUGAAGCUAAUGACAGGUGAUUUGUUUCCUUCUGAUGGCAUGGUCAAGCGUCAUAAUCAUCUUCGAAUUGCUCAGUAUCAUCAGCACUUGGCUGAAAAGUUAGACUUGGACAUGCCUGCCCUUCAGUUUAUGAUGAGAGAAUACCCUGGAAACGAGGAAGAGAAGAUGAGGGCAGCUAUUGGGAGGUUUGGACUGACAGGUAAAGCCCAGGUGAUGCCUAUGAAUCACUUGUCUGAUGGGCAGAAGAGUAGAGUAAUAUUUGCAUGGUUAGCUUGGAGACAGCCUCAGUUAUUACUCUUGGAUGAGCCAACUAAUCAUUUGGAUAUUGAGACAAUUGACUCUCUUGCUGAGGCUUUGAAUGAGUGGGAUGGUGGCUUGGUUCUUGUUAGCCACGAUUUUAGGCUCAUAAAUCAGGUGGCCAAAGAGAUAUGGGUGUGUGCUGAUCAAAAAGUGACCAGAUGGGAGGGUGACAUUAUGGAUUUCAAGAAACAUCUAAAGGCAAAGGCAGGGAUAUCUGACUGA